AUGGAGAAACUACCGAUCCACUCCAAGGAGGGAUAUGGGGAUACACUUGAACAGGCAAACAAGUCUGAUCGCCGUGCCCGUCCUACUACAACCACAUAUUUGUGUCGAAUCGGUGUAAUUGCGUUGCUCUUCAUCGGCUACCUUUUGCUUCUCAGGCCGUCUUCCCCACGAUGUACCAGUAUAGCCCCACAGACGGAGAGCUAUCAAGCUGAGGUUCAAGAAGAGCAUGACAACUAUGAUGCACAUCAAACACUUGAGGAAACUAAGAUACCGCUGGAAGCUCACAUUAUGAGCAAAUGCCCAGAUGCCCAGGCUUGCUUGCAAAAACUGGUUCUACCAGCCAUGGAAAAGAUCAGUGACAAGGUGGACUUCAAGCUAUCAUUUAUUGCUAGUGUGUCCAAAGAUUCUGAAGAGAUCGAGUGCAAGCAUGGCCCAGGUGAAUGCAUCGGUGAUAUGCUCAUGCUCUGUGCGGCCAACCUUCCUUUCCCUCCGACAGCGGACGAAGCGUCACUUCCACCUCAAUACCCCGGACCCCUAUUAUCCGACCGCGAAUUUGUCCACCACUGCGCAAUGGAGCAUGGUAUUGACUUUGAGGCCUUAAACAAGUGUGCGAGCCAGCAGAAUGAUGACCCUAACGAUGGCAACGGCGGCGAACCACCACUCAGUGGCAUUGCGCUGCUGCGCGAAAGUGCUACCAGAGGCGAACAACUCGGCAUUAAGAUUAGCUGCACAGUGCGUCUCGAUGAUGCUGUCUGGUGCAUCCGUGACAACGACGAAUGGAAAAACUGUGCCCAGAAUGGAGAAGGCAGCCAACCCUCGGCCCUGGUCGACCAAGUCGAAAAGCUCUGGAAGGAGAGAAACUGA